AUGGUCUUGGCUGAAAGAAAUAAUGAUGUUCGAAAUGGCAAGCGUUCGAGAGGACCAAGCCCGAAUGGCCAUGGUAGCCCUGAUUCAAGCUCCGAGGACGAGAAUGUAGUGCCAUUUGCAGCUGAAAAAAUAAGGGUUGGUCGAGACUAUCAGGCUGUGUGUCCAGAGUUGGAACCUCUGGAGCAAAGAAGACCUGAUCAGAUUUCGGAUAGAGCUCUUUUAGUUUGGUCACCUACAUGCGAUAUAUCUGAUACCAAAUUGGAUGAGUAUAUAACAACAGCUAAAGAAAAAUAUGGAUAUAAUGGUGAACAAGCUCUUGGAAUGUUGUUCUGGCACAAACAUGAUCUCAAUAGGGCUUCAAUGGACCUUGCAAACUUUACACCUUUUCCUGAUGAAUGGACAGUGGAAGAUAAAGUGUUAUUUGAACAGGCUUUCCAGUUUCAUGGCAAGAGCUUUCACAGAAUAAGGCAAAUGUUGCCAGAUAAAUCAAUUGCAUCAUUAGUGAAGUAUUACUACUCAUGGAAAAAGACAAGAGCUCGUACAUCAUUGAUGGAUGUUGUAAGUGAGGGCCGUAAUGCUGCUGGAUCAGGCAGCGGCAAACGGGACUCCGGCGCUGGCUCAGAACCUGGUGGUUCAGAUAAAGAUUCCGACAAUGAUGAAAAGAAGUGGACAUUACACCGUGGUGUAGUUCGUGGUGGGAAUGUUGGGAUCUCGCGCGCCGGUGUAGAGGGUGACGGAGGCGAUGGGGGCAAGUGGUGCACCGUGUGCGGCAUUCUGUGCUCCCAGACAACGCCGCAUAACUCGCACAAGUUGUGUCAGGCAUGCCUCGUGCACGCCAGACGGACGGGCAGUAUGCGACCUCUGUGCGGGCCUUCUGGGAGGCGAGGCGCGGGCAAACAGCAGCGUUACAAGCACCGCCUGCCGCGUGGCAUUUACAUCAACCACGACGAUCUGGUUGCCAUGGCGACGGGGCCGCAACCCGGCGACCGCAACCACAACCACAACCAGAACCAGGGCGAGGCUGUCCUCAGAGCUAUGGACAGAGAGAUUAUAUCGCUGAAGAGACAAGUACAACAAAACAAGCAGCAAUUAAGUGCGUUGAAGCGUAAAGUUGGUGAUACGGGAGUUGAGGAAUUAAGACCUGGCGAACCACCGGCAAAGAUAAACUCUAGAUGGACUAAUGAUGAACUACUAAUGGCAGUUACGGCUGUUAGGAAGUAUGGCAAGGAUUUCCAAGCGAUUGCUGAAACGCUCGGAACAAAGACGGAAUCCCACAUCCGUACAUUUUUCAUUUCUUACCGUCGCCGAUACAACUUGGAUGCCGUGCUAAGAGAACAUGAGGCAGACAGACAAAAUGAAAAUCAUAUACAACCAGGCACAACAAGCACAGAGUCAAAUGAAAAUGAUGUUGACAAUAGUAACGCCAACAAUGGAACUGGAUCACCACAGACUAACGCUAAGGAUGAAAAGACAGAGGUAGAUAGUGAGGGAGUAGCAAUCGGUGCGUCAGCUGAACAAGGAGGGCCGCCCACCACGCCACCGAAACACAAGCAUGCUAAGUGA